GAAGUCAGGAAAGUCAUGAUCAAAGUCUAUCAACCAAUGACAUUCGUCCAAACAGAUAAACCAAUCUACCUCCCUGGACAAACAGUACAUUUCAGAGUCAUUACCCUGGACACCAUGUUUAGACCUGCCAAUCAGCUGUACAAUGUUAUUGAAAUUGAGGAUGCUAGAAGCAACCGGAUUGGACAAUGGCUUAACACCAUGUCCAAUGGUAAAAUAUUGCAGCUGUCUUACUCCUUGAACCCAGAGGCACGUGAGGGAAUUUACAAUGUCGUUGUGUGGAUUGAUGGACAAAAAAUAAAUCACCAAUUCAAGGUGGAGAAAUAUGUUUUGCCAAAAUUUGAUGUAACAGUUCAUGCAUCAGAUGAAAUAAGCAUUGGAGAGGGGGAAAUCAAAGCUGAAGUCUGUGCAAUAUAUACUUAUGGACAGCCUGUGCCAGGCAGUGUUAAAUUUGAGCUGUGCCGACCUCUGGUGCUUCAUCGAUGGAUCACCAUUAUUGAGCCAGAGGGACUCUCGAGCACGAUGCCCCCGUGCUACAGGGAGACAAAGCAGACAGGAAAGAAUGGCUGUGCCACAUUUAUGAUUGAGAUGUCCACUUUUACUAAACUUGGCAAACAGCCACUGCUGGAUAAACUGUAUCUCAAAGCCAUGGUGGAAGAGCAGGGGACAGGUACUUCACACUCACAAGGGAAAACAAUGAAGAUUUCUUAUGUUGUUGGAAAGCUGUCCUUUAUUGACACACCCAAGAUUUAUGAGAAAGGAUCAAAUGUGGAGGGAAAAGUUAAAGCAGUUUACUUCAAUAACACACCUAUUCCUGACACACUGGUCUUCUUGUUCAAGAGUGAAAGUUGGUCAGGACGCACAGGACCUCUACUACAGAACCUCACUACUGACAGCAAUGGUAUCGCCACUUUCUCAUUAAGCACAACUAACUACGACAAAGACAUCAAGCUAACAGCUAGCCUGACACAACGCCCGGAGCAAACAUACCGAAGUCCACACUAUAAGAGAGCAGAACACACUCUGUCCUUGGUCCGGCCGUCUUCUCCUCAUUCUAAAACGGUCAGCUUUCUAGAGGUGAAGAAGAAGGAGAAACCACUUCCCUGUGAAAGAGAAGAGCCCAUCUCCAUCCAAUACACUAUAGUAGGAGAGACCCAGGGCUCUGUGGAUGUGAUGUGUUUGAUCUUAUCCAGAGGAACCAUCAUCAAGCAAGAACUUCAGAAGGUCACAGUGCAAAAGGAACCUGUGACUGAGGGGGAAGUGUCCUUUCAGUUGAAAGUGUCUCCAGAGAUGGCACCAGAGGUCCAGGUUUUUGCUUAUGCUGUCCUCCCCAGUGAGACUAUAAUAGCCCACAGUGCAGACUUCUCCACAGAGAAAUGCUUAAGUCACAAGGUGUUGUUGGAGUUUUCUCCGUCCUCAGCUGUUCCAGGAGAAGAAAGCAUCCUGAAGUUGACGGCCCAUCCAGACUCUCUGUGUGGCGUGAGCGCUGUCGACCAGAGCGUCCUCAUUAAGGAGCCAGGGAAGACUCUGAAUGUAGACAAGAUAUUUGACUUGUUGCCUGAUAAAAAAGCAUCCGGUAUUCCACAUGACGUUGAAGAUCCUGUAGCGUGUAUAAAUGUGAGACAAAGAAGAUAUGUUUUGCCGUACCCUGGACAUGGUGAAAAAGAUGACGCUUACACAGUUUUCCAGAAAAUGGGCCUGAAGAUGGCAACAAAUCUGUUCAUCAGGAUGCCAUCAUGUGUGAACUUUAAGGGAACAGAAUACUACAGUCAUCAUUUCCCUCGAUCAACAGUAGAGAAAAGUCAUGUGACAUAUGCUGGUCGCGCAAUGGACUAUGGAGAUGCAGGUCCACCUCCACCAAUACAGACGGUCCGCUCUUUCUUCCCUGAGACUUGGAUAUGGGACCUGGUGGAAGUUGGAGAGUCUGGAAUGAAAGAUGUGUCCCUCACUGUCCCAGACACCAUCACCACCUGGGAGACGGAGGCUUUCUGUUUGUCCCCUCAGGGUUUUGGCUUGGCUCCUCGUAAAGAGCUCACCGUCUUCCAGCCCUUCUUCCUUGAGCUCAGCCUGCCCUACUCCAUCAUCCGAGGGGAGCACUUUGAACUGAAGGCAACCACCUUCAACUACCUGUCCAGCUGUAUCAUGGUCACUGUGACUCCAGCACCCUCCUUAGAUUACACCCUCACCCCUCUCUCUGGUGACCAGUACACAUCCUGUCUGUGUGCCAAUGAACGCAAGACACUCAGCUGGACCAUGGCACCUUCAGUCUUAGGGGUCGUGAAUGUGUCAGUGAGUGCUGAGGCUGUGGCAUCCCACGGGUCAUGUGGCAAUGACAUUGUGACCGUGCCAGAGAGAGGUCGCGUUGAUGUGGUCACACAAUCUCUCAUAGUGAAGGCUGAGGGAACUGAGAUGACAAAGACUCACAACUGGCUGCUCUGCCCAAAAGGAGAGGCUUUGACAGAAGAAAUAGAACUACAACUCCCUGAGGAGGUGAUUGAUGGGUCUGCCCGUGCUUCACUAUCAGUUCUGGGUGACAUCCUGGGCCGGGCCCUGAAGAACCUGGAUGGACUGCUGAAGAUGCCGUAUGGAUGUGGGGAGCAGAACAUGGCUCUCCUGGCCCCCAAUAUCUACAUCCUCCAGUACCUGAAAAACACACAGCAGCUGACCCCAGCCAUCACGGAAAAAGCUACCAAGUUCCUGACUAGUGGCUACCAGAGGCAACUGAACUACAAACACCACAAUGGCGCUUACAGCACAUUUGGACAUGGAGAAGGGAACACUUGGUUGACUGCUUUUGUGCUGAGAUCCUUUGCCAAAGCAAAGUCUUUCAUCUACAUUGACCCAGCAAAGAUUGAAGAAUCAAGGAGUUGGCUGGAGAGACAACAGCUUCAAAAUGGCUGUUUCAAACAGUCAGGAAAACUCUUUAACAACAGAAUGAAGGGUGGUGUAUCUGAUAAAGUGACUCUCAGUGCUUACAUCACUGCUGCCUUCUUGGAGAUGAAUAUUUCAGUUGAUCAUCCUGUGGUGAAUAAGAGCUUGUCUUGCCUCAGGGAAUCCACCAGUGACCUCAGCAACACCUACACUACAGCUCUGCUGGCAUACGUCUUCACCCUGGCUGGAGACAUGGAGACCCGUGCUCAACUUCUGCAGCACCUAGACAAGGUUGCAUUACAAGAAGGAGAUUUCCUCCACUGGUCUCAGACAGCAACAGAAUCUUCAGCCUCUCUGUCUGUGGAGAUCAGCUCCUACGUGCUGCUGGCCAAACUCAGCACCUCCCUUUCUGCUGAAGACCUGGGCUACACCAGCCGCAUUGUCAGAUGGCUGACAGGCCAGCAAAACCAUUAUGGAGGCUUCUCCUCUACACAGGACACAGUGGUGGCUCUUCAGGCUCUGGCUCUCUACUCCACUGUGGUGUUCAGUCCAGAGGGUUCAAGCACAGUGACAGUCCAAUCACCCAGUGGCCAGCUGACAUUUGAUGUGAACCAGAGCAACAAACUGCUCUACCAGGAGAAGAUACUGCAGGACGAGGCAGGAAAGUACAGUCUGGAGGUGAAGGGAACUGCAUGUGCGUCAAUGCAGAUUUCUCUUCAUUAUAACAUCCCAACUCCUGCUGAUGUCACCACUCUCAGUGUCGAGGUCAAACCAGAGGCUGACUGCCAAUCUCUGAGACCUAAACUCACUCUGAAGCUUAAGUCCCUAUAUAGUGGGAAAGAGCCCACUACAAACAUGGUAAUCCUGGAUAUCAAAAUGCUCUCUGGAUUUGUCCCAGAUCCAGAAUCUUUGAAGAAGCUCAAAGGUGACCUGCUGGUGGAUCGUGUUGAAGAAAAGGAAGAUCAUGUUCUCGUGUACUUAAAGGAGUUACGGAAGGACAAACCCAUCAACCACAUAUUAGAGCUCGUACAGGAGCUCCCAGUGCAGAACCUGAAGCCAGCUGUGGUUAAGAUCUAUGACUACUACCAGCCAAGUGACCAGGCUGAGACAGAAUACAUCUACCCUUGUGCUGCAGCUUAAAGAGUGAAGUGUGGUCACCCAUCCCAAGCCCCAGACUCCUACUGAUCAAAUCAUUUUAAUAAAGCUACACUACAUGUAAUUUCA